AUGGCUCUGAGCAAAGGGCUGCGGCUGCUCCGGAGACUGGAGCCCCCAGGGGAGACCAGCAUCCUGCUGGAGGCCCGCAGCCGCCAAGACUGUCUGCUCUUCGAGGCCGGCACUGUGGCCACACUCACUCCAGAAGAAAAGGAGGUAAUUAAAGGACAGUAUUGGAAACUCAUAGAUGCUUACGGCUGCUUGGGCGAGCUCAGGUUAAUAUCUGGUGCCACACAGCUAAGUUUCCUGGUCUUGGUGACAGGCUGUACAUCAGUGGGAAGAAUUCUGGAUGCUGAGAUCUUUAAAAUCACUACAGUAGACUUCUGUCCACUCCAGGAUGAUGUCAAGGAAGAAGACCGUCUCACUGCCCUGAAAAAAAUUCUGAACUCUGGAAUGUUCUAUUUCUCCUGGCCAAAUGCCGGGUCCAACUUCGACCUGACUGUCCGAGCCCAAAAACAGGGUGAUGACAAUUAUGAGUUAGGAAAUUCCUUCUUCUGGAAUCAGCUGUUGCAUGUGCCCUUGAAACACUACCAGGUGAACUGCUCCGAUUGGCUGCUGAAGGUGAUCUGUGGCGUAGUGGCCAUCCGCACUGUCUAUGCCUCACACAAACAGGCCAAAGCUUGCCUCAUCUCCCGGAUCAGCUGUGAACGAGCUGGUGCCCGGUUUCACAUCAGGGGAGUGAACGAUGAUGGACACGUGUCAAACUUUGUCGAGACAGAGCAGACAAUUUACAUGGAUGAUGGCGUGUCGUCUUUUGUCCAGAUCAGAGGCUCCGUUCCAUUAUUCUGGGAGCAGCCAGGGCUUCAGGUGGGCUCUCAUCAUCUAAAGCUUAACCGAGGUCUAGAAGCAAAUGCCCCUGCUUUCGACAGGCAUAUGAUGCUUCUGAAAGAGCAGUAUGGAAAGCAAGUGAUCGUUAACCUGUUGGGAAGCAGAGGAGGAGAGGAGGUGCUCAACAGAGCCUUCAAGAAGUUGCUUUGGGCCUCUUUCCAUGCUGGAGACACACCUAUGAUAAAUUUUGACUUCCAUCAGUUUGCCAAAGGAGGGAAAAUAGAAAAAUUGGAGAAUCUGUUGAGGCCCCAAUUAAAGUUGCAUUGGGACGAAUUUGACGUUUUUGCCAAGGGCGAGAAUGUAAUCCCACGUUUCCAAAAAGUGACUCCAAGGAUCUUAAAAGCCAUGUCAGAACGCCAGUCAGAAUUCACCAAUUUCAAACGGGUUCGGAUUGCCAUGGGAACCUGGAAUGUAAAUGGAGGAAAACAAUUCAGGAGUAAUCUCCUCGGCACUGGAGAAUUAACAGAUUGGCUUCUGGAUUCUCCUAAGCUUUCAGGGGCUACUGAAUUUCAAGUGUUUCGUGACUGGAUGCUGCAUCGGCUUACGGCCUUCGUUGUCUUUUUCCAGGCUUUAUCCCCAGAAGAGCAGUUUGAGCAACAAGUCAUCCAGUUCACCCUCGGGUCCCCAGAGCCUAGCCUUGAAAGCCACAGCCUAGCGGUGCCCCCUCGAGUCGCUCCCAUCCCCAAACCAAGAACAUUACAGCCUGGGCGAGCCGUGGAGAGAAGACUGAGUGGUGAAGGCCGAGCUCCUGAGGACGUGCCCGCCGAAGGGGAGGCCACGGGGCCGCCAUCUUUGGAAACCGCCUCCCCCGUCCCCAAGGUUCCUCCCAGGAGGAAGAAGUCGGCCCCGGCGGCGUUUCACCUCCAGGUUCUGCAGAGCAGCGGUCUGCUCCUCCAGGACGGGGCCUGCUGCGGCAGUAACAACAACAACAACCACUAUGACUCGCGGGCCGGCGGCCAGCCCGAUCCUGGCCCGCUCGUUCCACAAGCAGACCUCGUCGGCCCCGCUGGACCAGGGCCCGGACUUCAUGCCGACGCUACGAAGGCGGCCCCCCUUCUGGGGGAGCAUCAGGAUCCCUUCUUGAGUCUUCUCCACCACCCCAAAGUGUUGAACGCGGGCUGGUUCACGAGGAGUGCCGAGCCUUUGGGUCCGCUGGCCGUGCGUCCCGGGCUGGCCCAAGACGGCGCUCCGGCUGCCGGGGCGGGACCUUUACACAAAGACCUGGAACACUGGAGUCAAUUUGGCGAUGAGGAAGACAAGAGGACGGCGUUGCAGCUGUUUGAUCCGCUGGCAAAAACAUGACAAAGAGACCUUUACGGACUUGUAAAAUUGUGUAUCCGUUUCCCCCUAAAAUUGUGUAUCCGAAGAUACAAAUUGUGUAUCGUUGUAAAUGUCACCCAUAAGAAACUCCCUUCUUUGUCAAUACUGGUCCAAUAGGGCCUUUUUUUCUUCUUCCAUUUAAACAGCACAUUGGAGAAAUAGGUGUCUAUUUCAUCUUGUACAGUUUCCUGAAAAUAGUUUCUCUUUCAUCAUUUGUCAUCCAGCCGCCGAGGCCACUGAGAAAACGUUUUGUUGCAGGUUUGGGCAUGUGAGGUUCUUUUUCUCUCUUUUUGAACCUUCUUCCUUUCUCACCCUUGACUUCCCUGCCGCCUAAAAAAAAAAAAAAAAAAAGUUUUAAUUCUGUGUAAUUUUAGGGGGAGGAAAACUGCAAAUCCAAGGGUCAUGGGCCCAGCCUAGGAUGUGUCUCCUUGAACUUGGACUGAACUUGGACUGCAUGUUACAGAUCACAAGACGCUUGUGUGUUCUCUGUAUAAACUGGCCGCAAUAGAGACAUGAAUGGUACCCUAGAUGACUCAACAGCACUUUAAACUGGCCUUGCUUUAAAAACUGUCGGCUUUCAGUCAAAGGAUUCACUGAAAAGCCUUGAGACCAAAGUUGUCGAAAAUAUGUGGAAGGCUAUGUUGGACGAGGUAAGCAGAAGUGAACCAAAUGCCCUCAUGUGCAUUCCAUUGAUCCUUCGUUACAAAAUUCUUGUACACAUGAUAAAGAGUGUGGAUUUCUAUUGAGCCUGUGUCGUGUUUUAACAAUAGCUCAAAUUGGCUUUAAAAAAAAAUGUCUUGUGCAUCCCUUAAACCGCAACAGAUUUUAAAUUUUGCUUUACUCUAUGUACCUAGUAUGCUGCAUAAAACCUCACUAAUCUUCUUCUCGUAUAUUCCACACACAAAAUGAGUAGCUUAGUUGAAUGAUCGUGCCCAGUUGGGCAUUAUCCUGACUUUGCUCCCCAGAGUUUUCUGGAGGAGGAGUGCCACAUGCCCCAUCAUCAAACAAGUCCAGAGACAAAAUUUCUUUGUUUUUUUUAAGUGGACUUUUUGUGUAUACACGCGUUUUAGCUCUUUCCCCUCUAGCUCCAAGACUGCAUUGAUUUCUGGCUCUCGAAACGAUAUUAAAUGUGGUAGGAGUCUUUCUAUUUUCAAAAUUGUUAGGCCCGAGUUACUUAGUAUUCACUUUAAUUUAAUCAAAUUUUCCUCAUGUGGAAUCUAUUGGUCAAUUGGGGAAAACAGCAGGAGAACUAUCUAAACAUAUGUGCAGACACUGCACUUUUUUUACUCGGGCUAGUAAACAGCACAUUGUUACUCAGACUCAGCCUAGAUGACUAAUGCCUCAGUACAGAUAAAAUUCAACCCCAGAUGCUUUAGAGAUGGUAUAGGAAGAAGACAUGGUAUAGAAUGAGUGGCAGGUUGCUAGUAAUUUUGAUUCUCUAACACUAAUGUAUCCCUAAAUUCUUAAAACUUUAAUUCACUUUAAUAUUUAAAGAAUAAACAUGCAGUUAAAUGCCCUGUAAGCUAGGGGAGGCUAGCUUCAAACCAGAUAAUAUGCUAUGCUCCUCAAAAGUCUGAAUGUUUUAGCUCCAGAACACCCAGAGCUGAGGGUGUGUUGUAAUUAGACUAUAAAACAAAAAUACUACAGUAUAUCCAGUAUUUUGGCCUUUUGAUUCUUUCUUUGGCCUUUGAAUAUUUACAAAUCCUUCUUCUAGGUCAUCUACAGAUUUAAAGGAUGGCCAAGAAUGUCUUCUUCUACCUAAUUUUUUUUAGAGGAUUCCCCUUUCCUUCCCCCUUUUUUAAAAUUAUGAUGAGAGUUAAUUAGGGCUAAACAAACCAUUUUGUUUAUUUCCUAGCACAGCCAAAUUCUGGGGUUUUGAAAUGGCUUUCUUUAAUACCUGGUAAAUUAAUAUUAGCCUUCCUGAAAAAGAUAAUCUCUCAUAUCUUGAGUCAGUUUUUAGAUGAAACAGAGAUGUUAGGAUCCCCUACCUUAUCAACUGAUUUCCAUAAGGAAGUUGAAAGAGAACUCAGAUGUUUGGUGGUAUGAAUCUUGGAAUCUAUGAGGCUGAGAGGUUAAGUGAAUUUCCUUAAGUCUCAAGACAUGUAAGGACUGGAACAGGACUCCAAGUCUUUUGAGUCAUGGCUCAGUGUUCUUUCUAAAAGAUGUAUCAUCUUUCAGGUCAGGAAUUUGCUGUGGAAAAAGUAGAAAGGCAAAGGCCAAAGGAGCUAAGAAAGUUUGGAAGAAGUUGAAUAUUAUGUGGUUGCAUUUGUAUUUUUUUUUUUUAAGUUUUAUGUGUAACUAGAUCAGAGAAAAACUGACAGAGGAAAGGAAAACAGAAAUUGUGCAAGUGUUGGCAGAGAAUGGAUUAUGAACUGAUAGAAUAUAGAUUAGCAAAUUAUCCCUCAAUGUGGUUUCAUUUUAGAAAUCAGGAGUUGGAAUUUUCAAAAUCAUAGAUUUUCUCGAUUGGAAGCAUUACUUGAAUCUAAGUCUUGUUUUUCGUAUAUCACGGACUCCUUAGGCAAGUCUUGGUCUAAGAAUAAGAAAUCCUUAAAAUGUUUGUUACAUAGGAUUACAAAGAAAAGCAAUUAUACUGAAAUGAAAAUGUAACAUUUUUUUUCUAAUCCCAAAUUCAUGGACCCAAUUAAAAACUCCUGAUUCUAAGCUUGGAAUAACAGCACUUCAGGGAAUUCCCUUUUGCAAUUUUACUUUUAAAGAUUUUCCACUAAAAUAAUAUUUUUUAACCUGAUUAUUAGUCUGCUACUUUCAGUACAGAUGAUUUGUAAAUCCACAGGUUACUACAAAGCUUUUUACUUACUUUGAAAAUUUAGCUUUACCUCUUAUUCUCUGAUACCCAGUGGGUUAUGGUGCCAUCUUCUGAAAUACAUCAUAGGAUCGUCAAUUCAGAACUGCAAGGGAGCUGGAGCCCAUGUAGUCAAACCUUCCCCUUAUUUUGUAGAUGAGGAAAUGGAAGUCCAGAGUGGUCAAGUGACUUUCCCAAGGAGCAAAUGAGGGAGUGAGCCAAGACCUGAUUCAAACCCAAGUCCACAAACUCGAAAAUUAGUGUCCUUUCAACAGAACAACAUGCUAUUAUUUUUCUUUGUUCUGCUAAGAUUCACAUAAAUAUGGUUGAAAUAAGGACCAUUUAUCCCUGUGAAGGUUUUGAAAUAGUUGAUGCUGCUGAAACAUUAUGUUAAUAAAAGCACUGCCAGGUAUGCACGUCCAUCCAACCCAAGGUAAUUUAUUAAAAUAUUUUAUUCAUAAUAAUGCAUCAAGUGUGUUGAGAAAGGAAGAAAAUGAUUUACUGAGUAAAUUGUAAUUAACCACUUAGAAGCUGAAAACCCUGUGAUGUUUUAUUUGAAGUGGAAUUUUUUUGUAUUCAAGUUAUAAAUAUUGUCUAUUAAAUGUU